UCGAACCGGGGCCGACUGCAGCGAGGACUGUCGCCUCUACACACGGGGCGCCUGCACAACCCACUACGCCACCGACCGCCCCCCUAAAUCUAUUCUAGAUGUAACAGGUAGCCAAUAACACGUCACUGACUGUGAACCUGAGCUCCAUCAUGUGGAGGCCUCCAACAGCCCCACCAUCGGACUGUGGAGGCCUCCAACAGCCCCACCAUCGGACUGUGGAGGCCUCCAACAGCCCCACCAUCGGACUGUGGAGGCCUCCAACAGCCCCACCAUCGGACUGUGGAGGCCUCCAACAGCCCCACCAUCGGACUGUGGAGGCCUCCAACAGCUCCACCAUCGGACUGUGGAGGCCUCCAACAGCUCCACCAUCGGACUGUGGAGGCCUCCAACAGCUCCACCAUCGGACUGUGGAGGCCUCCAACAGCUCCACCAUCGGACUGUGGAGGCCUCCAACAGCUCCACCAUCGGACUGUGGAGGCCUCCAACAGCUCCACCAUCGGACUGUGGAGGCCUCCAACAGCUCCACCAUCGGACUGUGGAGGCCUCCAACAGCUCCACCAUCGGACUGUGGAGGCCUCCAACAGCUCCACCAUCGGACUGUGGAGGCCUCCAACAGCUCCACCAUCGGACUGUGGAGGCCUCCAACAGCUCCACCAUCGGACUGUGGAGGCCUCCAACAGCUCCACCAUCGGACUGUGGAGGCCUCCAACAGCUCCACCAUCGGACUGUGGAGGCCUCCAACAGCUCCACCAUCGGACUGUGGAGGCCUCCAACAGCUCCACCAUCGGACUGUGGAGGCCUCCAACAGCUCCACCAUCGGACUGUGGAGGCCUCCAACAGCUCCACCGUCCAUCAUGGACUACACCUCUCACCCCCUACAUGACCUGUGGGUCCCUGAGCAGCUCCAUCAGCAGCAGACUGAUACAUCCACGCUGUAA